AUGGAGCUAGAAGGAGUUGACACCCUCCUAGCUCAAAACAAGAUAAUGCAGGAGCAGAUUCAACAACAAUUUGAGCAGAUGGCUAAAAAGAUUGAUAGCCUACAAGUUACAGCAGUGAAUACAAGCCAACCAUCAACCAAAUGGGGGCAAAAUGAAGAAAACCAAGAAGAUCAGCAGCAGGAACAACCUCAAUAUGUGCAUAACCAAAGCUCCGGCCAAAAUGAAGUCUAUGGUGACAUCUACAAUCCAUCCUGGAAGAACCAUCCAAACAUAAGAUGGGGAGAUAACUACACUCAAAAUCAGCAACCAUGGCAACGAAAUUCAAACCAAAACAACUCAAGAAACAACCAAAAUCACAACCAGCAAAACACUAACCCCAAUCCAUAUAGAAAACCCCAAAACAACCACUCAAAUUCUAGCUACUGUCCACCCAAUAACCAAACCACUAACCAAAAUACCCACCAUCAACCUUCAACACCACAUAACCAGCCACAAACAUCACAAGACACUCAAAGGAUCUCCAACUUGGAGACAUUGAUAGAAAAGAUGAUGAAGCACCAAGAGACAAUGAUGGAGAAACUCAUGAAAAAUCAAGAGAUGGCAAGACAAGAUCAAGAAGCAGCAAGAAAAGAUCAAGCCACAACAAGCAAAAACCAAGAAGCUUCAAUCAAAAAUCUCGAGAGGCAUAUGGAACAAAUGGCUAAACGAAUUACAGAUGCAUCCCCAAGUGCCACUCAAGACCACCCAAAGGACAAAGGAAAAGCUACAAAGUGGGAGGAGUGUAAAGCAAUCAUAGUGGAAAGUGAGAAGAAAGCCAUCAAUCAGGAAGAACACAACAGAGAAGUUCCACAAGAAGAGACAGAAGAGAGAAGUGAAGAGGAUCAGAAAAUCAAGAAUGCAAAAAGCUCAAAGAGAGAUAAGGACAUUCUUGAAACACAACUACAAGAGAAGAAGGAAAGGGUGAAGCCACAUAUCCCCAAACUUCCAUACCCUCAGAGAGAGUUACCAGAGAAGAAAGAUGAUCCUGGGAGUUUUUAUAUACCUUGCACUAUAGGAGACAUAACAAUUGAAAAGUCAUUCUGUGACCUUGGUGCAAGCAUAAACUUGAUGCCUUUGUCUCUAAUGAGGAAACUUCGAAUUUGUGAGCUGAAAUCCACACGAAUACUCCUUCAAAUGGCUGAUAAAUCCAUCCAGCAAGCAGUUGGAGUUGUAGAGAAUGUGCUGGUAAAAGUGGGAAAAUUUCUUCUCCCAGCUGAUUUUGUCAUUCUGGAUAUGGAGGAGGACCCUAACACUCCCAUCAUCCUAGGGAGGCCUUUUCUUGCUACGGGCAGAGCACUGAUAGAUGUUGAAAAAGGGGAAUUAUUGCUGAGAGUGCAUGAUGAGCACCUAGCAUUCCAUGUGUUUAAAACCCCACAUGAGCCCACUCAAGAAGAAGAGUGUACGGAGGAUACGGCCAGAGAUCAAAGUUUGAAGGAGGUAGUCAAUGAGUUAGCUCCAAGACUUCCAAAUCCAUGCUUGAAAGAAGUAGAGAUGGUGCAACAGACCAAAGAAAUCAAGGAGGAACUAGAUCCAAAACCUCCAGAUGAGAAAUUCAACAUCUCAGAUAAGGAACCACCAAGGCAGGGAAUUGCUGCUGGUAUACUUGCAGUUUGA